AUCGAACAUAAUUUAAACACGAGAAAAUUUAAACGAUCGAAACGUUCCGUGAGGUCACAGUCGAUAUUCCUUAUAAGGCGUUGUCUUCCAAAAUUGGAAACUGACCUUACCAUAUAUGGAAGAUGCAGCCUUAUAACUGGAAAAUUAUUGGUGUAUCUAUCCGCCAUAUUAUCAAUAACACUUCUAGAACCCGAAAUAGGUUUAAAAUCUUAAUAAAUAUAGUAAUCAUCGAGUUAAUUAUUAUAAAAGCACUCGAAAUUUUAAAUAUUUAACUGGAAAUUCACACGGAACUAUAUUAGAUCGAUACAAAACAUCGAUCGCGCUACGUCCGAACGAACUAUUUAAUCGAAUCGAUCGUAAACGUAAGUGAUGUCACGGUAAUACUCGGCGUUCUAUUGGUCAGUUACGACGUAUCGUACUUAAAGGACCCAAUUGAAUUUUUUGUAAUAGAAAUGAUUUUUUUUCUCACGUUACGGUUAAGUAGAGGCACGUCUUCCUAGGCAGACCGCCAUGUCGAAUGUCAAUAGAUGGUAUUUACGUGUUUAUUUUCGGUGAUUUUUUUAAGAAAAUUAAUUAAAAGAAUAAAAAUAAAGUAUAUAAACAGUGCCAUGCAUAAAACAACGUCCAUGUUUAACGAGGAAAGGAGCGAACAGAUGUCCGACGACGAUUCUGCCAACGAAGAACGUAUCAAGAUCAAGAGGAGAAUGUGCGAAGAUAACGAAUUGUCCGAGAGCGAAACGGAAUUAAGCAAAAAAAUUCAACCCACCAAUGGUAAAAAGACUAAAGGAAGAGUCAAGAUCAAAAUGGAAUUCAUCGAUAACAAGCUACGGAGAUACACCACUUUCAGCAAGAGGAAAACGGGCAUUAUGAAAAAGGCUUACGAGUUAUCCACGCUGACAGGAACACAAGUUAUGGUUUUGGUUGCUAGUGAAACGGGACAUGUAUAUACUUUUGCGACACGGAAACUGCAGCCGAUGAUAACUAGCGAGGCAGGUAAAGCUCUUAUACAGACUUGCUUAAAUUCCCCGGAUCCACCUGUAGGUCCUAGUGCCUCCACACCGGAUCAAAGAAUGAGUGCAGCUGGAUAUGAAGAAACUGAAUUAUCUUACAACAUAGAGGAUGGCGACAACAAGCCGGAUGUCAAGACUCUGUUUGUUAAUCAGGAUGGAUCGGCCACGUUGUCCGGGACCAAUACAGUUCAGAGCAUAGCUGUCUCACCUACAGUCGGAGGACCCAUAACUUCUCUUCCUAGUCCGCUUCCUAGUAACUUAACUGCAAUUCCAUUGCUUGCUGGUGCCACUACAGCUCUGGGAACAAAUGGCAAUAACAAUACAAAAGUUUCCGGAACGCCAGCCAUAUCUAUGCAGCUUCCACAAGGUACGGGAUUCACUACGAUACUUGCACCAGGAGGUGCUCUGCCGCAGGGUUCAACACUGCAUAUUGGAACUCUUCAGUCUGCAGCACAAAAUCAGCUAUCGAAUAAUCAAUCACCAGUCUCAUCGCAAAAUCAGUCUCCUUUAUUUAGGAUUUCUCCUGCAGCAAUAGUUUCUCUGUCUGGCACAUCAACUCCAAAUACACCCACUCAGAAUUCCAUAUCUAGUACCCAAUCCAAUAUUUCGGUUGUAUCUGGAAAUGUGGUAAUUCCUACGUCGAGUAUCAGUUCGAACAGUUCGACUGCCGUUCCUGGAACGGUCAUGUAUCAGACGGCACAGGGUAUUGUCUACGCGGCGUCAUCACCGACCAGUCUAUCAGACAGGGUAAUUUUAAAUCUUGGACAAUCUCCAACUCUUUCGCUUCAGCCGGAUCAAAGUGGAACACAGCAAAUAUAUAUACCUGUCUCUCUCACUCCAGCACAUCAGAAAGUGUCUGGUACACUCGCCGCCAAGGUUGCAGUUUCAAACGUAACCCCUUCUUCCGUCGUUCAGAACAGACAGCAGAAGUGUCGGAAGUGAAAUUCGUUCCGUCGCCUCAUUCAGAGGCGGCAGGGCUUCUCUCGCGGAAUAUUUAAUCAAAGUAGAGACUCGUUCUCGUCGGUUGGCUGGACUAACCAGUGCAAUGUUUUUAUACUCAUGUCAGAUUAUAGAAAGUAAUUUGUCACAUCUUCAUACUUUCUCAGAGUUUCAGAAUAUUUUUUUAGAAAAAUUCUCAUCUUCAGACUCCAUUAUCAACUGGAGUAUUGUUGCUAUUGUUGUGUUGUUAUUGCCACAAUGUUUUUUUAUCUGGAAGAUUGUACAUAAUGUUGUAAUAAAUAUAGAUAUAUUUAUUGAUAGUCAA